AUGUGAGGUUUACAAUUUGUUACAGAAAUUACCAAUUUUAUCAAAGAAAUACCAGGCAAUUUGCAAAAUGGACAUGCCAGAAGUGAGAAGGUGUUUCGGAAUAUUCCCUCCAAAGCACGGAACUUAUCUAAUUUCGCUGUUCGGGCUGGCAUCGGGUGGCGUGGGUAUUGCUGGUAUAAUACUGUACGGUAUCGCCGAAGAAACUAUAUUAGUCCACUUUAUGAAGAAGGACCAGCUCAACGAGGAUAUAAAGAAAGUGGUUUUGUUGACAAUUGGACUGACGUCUCUUAUGUUGCUGGUGGCAAAUGCGAUGUUGUUUAUCGGAGUGAGCUCGAAGUCUGCCGGCGCGGUAUCUGCAGGAGUUAUAACUAUAUUCAUACUGUGCAUCUUGCUGAUCAUAGCUGCAAUUGCUGCGCCUAUGUCUUGCUUUUUCAUCGACUCUACAUGCCUCGUGAAGAAGGUGUCGUCGAUCGUUAUAACAAUAUUUAUCGUAGGUCUAACGCUGUUUCUGGAGUUGUGGCUUUACUUCAUGGCGGUCGCGUGGAAUCAUGAGCAGGAAUUAGGAUGAUUUGUGAUGUUUUUUAACU